UUAAUUUUUUCCUAGGGCCCAAAUAUUGAUCAAUUUAUUAUUUCAUCAAAAUCAGAAAUAGGAGACUACUCUAAGAAACAAAGACGAGCCCUCUUACCCUAUUUUUUUUCUUUCUUUUUCCCUCGCAGAUAGAUAUCCAUUUUUUUAUUCCCAUUUCUUUCUUUGUUCGCUUUUCGUUUUCCCGUCUUCAAAAACCAGACACGCGCCACUGUUGCUAGAUUCACACCAAGGCUCUCUUUUUCGUUUUAUUUUCUUUCUCCUCUGCCCCGGACUCCGAUUCCGGGUCGGGUUGUGCCCGUUUUAACGACAGUGAUGGGCGAUCUUCAUGCAAACGGCAUCGUUUUCGGGGAGGAUCGCCCGUGCGGGUCCUCGCCGCCGUCUCCGCCGCUUCCGAUAUUAAAUCCCGAUCCGUCCUCUGUGGCGGCGGAUGCCUGGGCGGCGGCCGAGCAAACCACCGGCGAGAUUCUCCGCAGCAUACAGCCCACGCUCGCCGCCGACCGGAGGCGGAGGGAGGUCGUCGAUUACGUCCAGAGGCUCAUUCGGUACGGCGCGCGCUGCGAGGUUUUUCCAUAUGGAUCAGUUCCAUUAAAAACAUAUCUUCCAGAUGGAGAUAUUGAUUUAACUGCACUCAGUUGUCAAAACAUUGAGGAUGGCUUGGUAUCUGAUGUUCGUGCUGUUCUUCAUGGAGAGGAAAUUAAUGAAGCUGCUGAAUAUGAAGUGAAGGAUGUUCGUUUCAUUGAUGCAGAGGUUAAGCUUGUUAAAUGCAUAGUACAGGAUAUUGUUGUAGACAUCUCUUUCAAUCAGUUAGGAGGACUCAGUACAUUAUGCUUUCUUGAGAAGGUUGAUCAACUUGUUGCCAAGGAUCAUCUUUUCAAACGUAGUAUUAUCCUGAUUAAGGCUUGGUGCUAUUAUGAGAGCCGUGUACUGGGUGCUCAUCAUGGUCUGAUUUCGACAUAUGCUUUGGAAACCUUGGUUCUGUAUAUCUUCCAUCAGUUUCAUGUAUCCUUAGAUGGUCCUCUAGCAGUUCUCUACAGAUUUUUGGACUACUUCAGCAAAUUUGAUUGGGACAACUAUUGUGUUAGUUUGAAGGGACCAAUUAGCAAAUCUUCUCUGCCUAAUAUAGUAGCUGAGGUUCCUGAAAAUGGAGGAAAUACCCUACUGACUGAAGAAUUCAUUAGAAGCUGUGUGGAAUCAUUCUCAGUACCAUCAAGAGGGUCAGAUUUAAAUUUGCGUGCAUUUCCCCAGAAACAUCUUAACAUCAUUGAUCCAUUGAAGGAAAACAACAAUCUUGGCCGGAGUGUCAAUAAAGGGAACUUUUUCCGAAUACGCAGUGCUUUUAAGUAUGGUGCCCGUAAACUUGGCUGGAUUCUUAUGUUACCAGACGAUAGAAUAGCAGAUGAGCUUAUUAGGUUCUUUGCAAACACCCUGGAAAGGCAUGGAAGCACUCAGGUAAAUGUAGACAAGUCAGUUUUGAGCUCAUCUACAGCAUCCAAAAGGGAUGCAGGACCUGGAAAUCAACAUAAUUAUGAAAGCAGAGAGGAAAUCCAAGAUGACUCCUCUUUGGCAGGGGAGUUCCUUGAUUCCUCUGGGGAUGGAAAUGCAGUCGCAAGUUAUAAACUUAGUGAAGAUUCUAGGGAUUUUGCAACAUCUGGGGUAUUGGAUAUAGCAAGCGCUAAUGAUUUGUCAUAUUGUUCAAAUGGGCGAAUUGAAAGUAAUAUUUCAAGCAGUGAAUCUGCUCUAAAUACUGUUAUUGAUGAAGGUAUAGUGAGCAAUUCUCCCAGAUCACAUACUGAUGAAAAGAAUAUGGCAUCUUAUGGUUCAGCUGUUUCAACAUAUGCUAAUAUCCUUGAAAAUAAUUUCUUUCAUGGUGAUAGAUCCACCACUAGUGUUUCUGGGGUUACUGAAGCUUCAAUGUCGUUGUUGGACCUUACUGGGGAUUAUGACAGUCACAUCGGAAACUUACAAUAUGGUCAGAUGUGUAAUGGUUAUACUGUCUCUCCUGUUGUGCCUAGCCCUCCUAGAUCUCCGAAGUUCCCAAAAAAUAGGAAUCCAUGGGAAACUGUUCGUCAAUGUGUACAAAUUAAUCACAGUCUUCGAUCUCAGGCAAACUCAAAUUGUGUUAUUGGGCAACAAGUUUACGUCAUAAAUCAUCCCACACUUCCAAUGACAACUUUUGCUUCAGAAGAAAAAAGGAAAAUUCGAGGAACAGGCGCAUACUUUCCUAACAUGACUUCUCGUCCUUACAGGGAUAAUAGGCCAAUUCCAGGAAGGGGAAGGGGCCAAGCACAAAGUUCUCAGGGGCAUCUGCAGAGACACACUCGUAACAAUGGCUUGGCCCUAGCUCCACAAGAAAUGAAUUUGUCUCCGGAAGGAAACUUUGAAUAUUCUCUAGAAGGAUACUCUGCUAUUGGUAGCACCAAAGCAAGAUCACCUGAAACCUAUUUCCCUCAACCUUCUACAUGGGGGUCACAUUAUACCAACGGUUUCCUUCACUCAUCUGAGAAACAUGAAUCUGGAUCUGUGGUCCCUCAGCUUCGUGUAGCCUCAAGAACUGACAUGAGCAAUUACCCAGACUCUGGGAUUUCUACAUCUAGGGGCACUGUGCCUAACACGGGGGUGGUGACAGAGGAGAAGCCUAAUUCAUUGUCUGUAGUUGAUUCCAAAAGGAUUGACGAUCAAGCUUAUCAUUUGAAGAAUGAAGAUGACUUUCCUCCACUUUCCCACUGAGUGCCAGUGAAGGAUGCAGGUGCUACCAAAGGAUGGCGAUUUUGUAAGAAGUAAGAACAAUGUGCAUUCGUCUCAAAAAAGAAGAUAGCUUCCCUCGACACUGGGUCUCUUCUAGAGAUUGGAGAACAGAUAGAAAUGAGAGUACCAAAUAAGUAGAAAACUGCUGGGAGUAGCCUUAUUAGAAACUAACGAAAUAGACUAAACUAGAUGGAGUGUUAUGUUAUCCGUGUUCCCUCUUUUCUUCAUUUGGUCCUUUGUACAAAAGGUGCAUGUAUAUUCUGGUUUCUUUUUUGCCUCUUACAUCCGUUUUUAUUUUUCAUUAUUUAGGGAUGUAUAUAUCAGGUGAUUUCCUGAGGUUGAGUUUAUAGUUCUGUUCUGUUGUUUGUAGCUUUGAAGUGUACAACUGAAGGUUUAGAUAUCUUACUGAAAUGGAUACCCAAAAUUUUCUCAGUUUCAGAAAUUAUAUUUAGGUAUUUUCCUUGGCAUUUGGGUGUUCGCCCAUGAUUUUAUUCAUGACCUUGCUUGAUGAUCACAAAAUUGAAAGGCCUGAAUGGCUGAAAUGCUGUCAGUGAGGAGAGGCACCGGAGAAAUCAGUGAUUCACCUAAAUCUUUAUUGGUCGUUUUUGUUUGCUUCCUGUUGAACAUGGUCGAUGCAAUAUGAUAGAUUGGGUGUUGAAUUGUGUUUUAUUAAUCAGCAGGGAUAUAUGAAAUCUGAAGUAGUGUACUGAGGAAAAGAUGGCGGAGUCUCUCUUAAGAUUGUUUAGUCUUUAUGUGAAAAGAAAACAGUAAGAGUUUAUUGAAAUCUGGAAAGAGUUGGAAGAGGAUUGAAGAAUGCUUCAAUAGAAGCAUUACAAAGGACCUUCAAGUGUUUUUUUUUGGUCUUUCGUGAAUGUAGUCUUUUUAGUACAGUGACUUUAUUUGGUUCAUUUUGUGAUUUCACUUGGUGAGAUUAACCCAGCCCAGAUAUUACUGUAUCUGAAUAUAGAUGCUUGAUACGUGGCUGAUGAAUUUCCUAGCAAUAUGUUGUCUUUAAUUUUAUAUAAAUUAAGACAAAACAUUGUUCAA